AUGAAUUCAAUUUUACCAAAGAAAAAGCUAUCUAAUCUUAAGCAAAAUCAAUUAGGAAAGCGAAAUUCAAAAAUAACAAAACAAGAAAUUAUAAAUUAUAUUACAAUACUAUUGAAACUGACAGAAAAUGAUGAUGAAAAAACAAAAAGUCUUUUCGACGCAGAAAAACCAAUUUUAUUAAUGAUUAAUUGCGUUAGAAUUCCUAAAGUACCAUUGCAUCAAAUGCGAAUAGCUCUUCCACAUUCGUUAGUUUCUUCUAAUGAUGAUGUCGCUUUGUUUGUAAAAGAUCUAAAAAAAGGCAGAAGAAUAGAUUAUGAAAAUACUGUAUAUCAUUUUGAAAAUAUAUUACAGCAACAUGGUUGCACACAAAUAAAAACUGUUAUUCCUAUGAAUCAGGUUAAAACUGAGUAUAGACAAUUUGAAAUGAGACGAAGACUUUUAAAUUCAUAUGACUAUUUUCUUGUUGAUGGUAGAAUUUCUGGGCAUAUGGCUCAUUUAUUAGGUAAAACAUUUAGAGAAAAAAGAAAACUACCAACUUCUAUUCAUAUGGAUAAAAAAGAUUUAAAAACAGAAAUUGAUGUUGCACUUAAAAAAACAAGUUUGCAAAUACAUGGCAAUGGUAAUUGUUCUAUUACUAAAAUUGGUAAUGGUUCAAUGGAUGUAGACAAAAUUGCUGAUAAUAUAAUAGCAGUAAUAAAGCAUUUGAAGAAAAAUUUCCCUGGAGGUUGGGAAAAUAUUCGCUCUUUAAGAAUAAAAACUCCACUAAGCAUCUCAAUACCUAUUUAUAUUACUUUAAAAAACAAAAAUGAUAUUGAAAUUCCAACAAUACUUCCGAAACGUCCAAAAGCCUAUAAAACAGUUGAAGGAGAAUUGUCUACUUAUAAUUCUAAUGUUACAGUUAUUGUAUCACCUGAUGGCACAGUUAAUAUUAAAAAAGAAUGAUGCCAAUGUUGAAUGUAAAAAUGAGAUUGAGCCAAUUGGAAA